GUUCGGCGGUAUCGAUUAGCGUACAUCGGGUGCAGUCUGUCUGUCAUCAUAUUUAUGAGCUUCUGCGCGCGCUCCCAUACUACAUACUUUCUCGGAAUCUCAGCUGCUCCCGAGUAAUGUCAAUGAGAUUUCUGUGUCGCGUCUUGUACGUAUAGCAACACGUACAUAUGUCAAUCGCUUUCUUCGAUUUUAUUGUCGUAACGUCGUACACCCUUCGUGCAGCUUUCUCGUAGACUACUUCCCCGAUUUUCUCUUCCUCUUCUUUCCCUUCCCUUUUCUCGAUUUACAACACCUCGGGCCAUUUUUCUAUCUCCUUGAUCCCAAAACAAAGUACAUCUCGCGAGCUGCAAUGACCGAGACAAAUGGGGCCGCGAAUCUGAAUACGAAGAAUGGAAAUUUCAUCUGCGGUGUGGUGGAAGGUUUUUAUGGUCGACCGUGGACUACCGAGCAACGAAAGGAUCUCUUUCAAAAAUUGAAAAAAUGGGGAAUGGACUCUUACUUGUAUGCACCAAAAGAUGAUUACAAACAUCGUGCUUAUUGGAGAGAUUUGUACACAGUUGAAGAAGCGGAACAUCUGACUGGUCUGAUUACAGCUGCUAGAGAAUAUGGGAUAACCUUUUAUUACGCAUUAUCUCCAGGAUUAGAUAUCACAUAUUCUAGUUCAAAGGAAGUCACUGCCUUGAAAAGAAAGCUGGAACAAGUUAGUCAGUUUGGUUGCACAGCAUUUGCAUUGUUAUUUGAUGAUAUAGAGCCAGAAAUGAGUGAAGCUGACAAAGAAGUGUUUCAGUCAUUUGCACAUGCUCAAGUUUCUGUUACAAACGAUAUUUUUCAACAUCUCGGUCAGCCUCGUUUUCUUUUGUGCCCUACGCAAUAUUGCGCGACUCGUGCAAUGCCAAAUGUCGCGUCUUCAGAAUAUCUCAAUACUCUUGGAAGUAAAUUAGCUCAGGAAAUCGAUAUAAUGUGGACUGGACCUAAAGUUAUAUCAAGACUUUUAACUGUAGAAUCCAUCCAAGAAAUCACAGAAGUACUCAGGAGGCCACCUGUUAUCUGGGAUAAUUUACAUGCUAACGAUUAUGAUCAGAAAAGAGUGUUUCUCGGACCAUAUUCUGGUCGUUCUCCUGAUCUUAUACCUAAACUUAGAGGAGUUUUAACUAAUCCUAAUUGCGAAUAUGGAGCGAAUUUCAUAGCAAUUCAUACAUUGGCUCAAUGGAGUAGAUGCAAUGUGGAUGGGAAAAGAGACUUAAGUUUAAACGAUACUGUAUCGGCGGAUAUUAAAUUAGAAACCGAAACAGAGGAUGGUGUUCUCGGUGAAGAUGUUCCAUCGACAUUAUCACCGAAUAUGUACCAUCCUCGACACGCUUUGAAAAAUGCAAUCAGCGAAUGGCUAUUGGAAUUCAACAAAAAGAAGGCGGCCUGGGGUGUAAUAGCCAAACCGCAACCAUGUGUCGCGCCUACGAUACCUAUUCCAAUAAUACCCUCUGUCAACACGUGUAUGAGUCUCACAUCGACGACAACAACCACAGUUUCUGCUACAUCUACCGCUGGAACGAAUUCAAAUCACCUUCAAGCGUUGGCGGAAGUUUGCUCAACUGUAACAUGUAGUGAUAGCUUUGCACAACCUUCGUCUGGACCUGUGAUGAAUUCUUUAGUAUCGGAUAUAAAGGUGGUCAGUGAACCCAUUUUAACUACAUUAUCCACUAUAGACGGUGAUCCACCGUCAGCAGGAUUAUCGUCUAUAGAACCUAUGGAUUGUAAUACAACUCCAAACAAUUCGCCAGCGCAUAUAGCAAAAAUUCCAACAGAAGAUGAUGCUAUGGUAGAUAAUAUUUCUACAUGCAGUGAAGCUUCUGGAAGUAUGCAAGUGGAAGUAGAUGGUACUUCUCCCACAGUCAAUGGUACACAAAUGAUAAUAGAAAAUGAUAGCGAAAAUCAUGAAAGUUCCGAUAAUACAGAUGUGACAUCUCAAGAACUUGUGGAUAUUGAUAAACAACUCACGCCUGAAGAUUUAUCACUUUUAUGCGAUCUAUUUUAUUUACCGUUUGAACAUGGCGGUCAAGGAAUUCAACUACUGCAAGAAUUUAAUUGGCUAAAAAGUAACGCAUAUCUUGUUAUGAAAAAAUCUAAAGACGAAGAACCAACAUCUGAAUCAGAUAUUGAAGAAUGGCAUCUUCGUGCGGCUAAAUUAAAUGACAUGUGUAAUGCGGUAAAUAGAUUAUUCCAAAGGCUCACAUACUGUAAUAAUCGCGAGUUGUUAUAUGAUCUGUAUGCGUAUGUAUGGGAUAUGAGGGGAGUUGUGUCUCUCCUAAAUAGUUACGUGAAAUGGCUGGCGUUUGGCAGAUUUCCAUCGACGAUGACGACGUUUACCCAGGGCAGCUACACAUGGUUUUCAAAUGGUUGGAAAGAAACAUUUAUGAGUGGAGACCAAGAACCAUGGGUUUUCCGCGGUGGACUUACAGCUGAUUUACAGAGAUUGAUUCCAGUAGACAGUGGCAAUGAUUUAUUUGUCUAUAAAGCACCAGAAGUGCCCAAUAGUAAAAUAUAUUCAAUACGGCCAUAUUUACCUAGCGAUGAAGAAGCAGUCUAUGCAGUUUGCAAUCAAAUUAAUAAUUGUACAACUUCAUCAGCUGUCGCAGAUAGAUUUGUUGGAGGAUAUUUAACCUUGAGCCCAGAGUUGUGUAUGGUUGUUGAGGAUGAAAACGGUAUAGUGGGUUAUGCAAUGGCUGCGCUAAAUGUAAAAUCACACAACCAGAAAAUGGCUAUUUCCUGGAUCCCUGAAUUGCGAAUGAAGUAUCCCUUAGAUAAUAGCAUUAACGAGUUACCACAAAACGUUCAGGAUGCCAUACAAUAUUUCCAUUCAUUUAUUCCGGAUGUGACAGAACAAUUAUGCAGGCAACAUCCGUCGAGACUUAUAUGUGCUGUAUUAUCAAGUGUAACAGAUCAAUCUAUUUGUAAACGUUUAAUAACUUGUAUUCUUGCGGCUUUAAGAGCGAACGGUUCUUUUGGAGUGCAUACAACACUGUCAUCAACGGAUAAAGAAUCUCAUGAGUUUUAUGGCAAGCUAGGUUUCGUUGAUUUGAAUCCGGUACAUGAGGAAUAUCCUGGAAUUAAGACUAUGUGUAGAAGUUUCUAACAAAGAAUCAGUGCUCCGGUGAUCUUCGUCAACAAGGUAUAUUUACUUGGACCAUCUCCUAAAAAAACGAUGUUUUCUUAGGGAAAUAAUUAAUAGUCUAUAAUCUAAGAGACUAUUAUUAAAAUUGAGCGCCUUUGUUUAAACUGUAAGCACACUAAUGCGAUAGGUUAAAAAAAAAGUGUACUUCUUUCAGAGGUAUGUUAUGCAACUGGAUAUCAGUAAUAUUCUGAUAUAUAAUCUGUCUUAUAGUAUGUAUCAAACCCUUCAGAAAUCUUUGUUUGAUACAAGUAAAUAUGUACAUAUAAUUGAUGCUAAUUAAUAUCAUAUUUUAAUAUCAAUGAUAUUUCAUUAAUUAUAACAAUAUAUUAAAAAACUCAUUCAUAAGAAUACAUAGUGCAAUAAUUGAUUUACAAGAUUUGUUUUCAACAUAAUAUGUGAAUUCGAUUCUUUACUUUAUCAAUAGUCACAUCUAUAUAUUACAACAUCUAUAUACAACAUUAUAACAAUUCAGUAUCUUAUUGAUUUUAAUAAUUUGUAUAUGUAUAAAAUUUUUGAAUAGAGAAAAAGAGAUAUGAAGAAGGAGAGAGUAUGUGCGUGUAUAUGCUAUGCAAAAUGCCAGUAUGUGUGUUCAUUAAUGAGUUGUCUGAAUUUUUAAAUUCAUUGAAAACUAUUUUUUUAUCAAAACCAUGUAUAAAAAUAAUCGAAUAUAAUUUUAAAACACAUCUCCUUUCAAAUGCUUAUAAUAUAUAUUAUAUUGCAGAUAUUAAACACAUAAAAAAUAUAUUGCUUCAGAUUUUAAAUAUGUAAUUCUUGUCUAAUGUAUAUUAUCCAAAAAAAAUUUUUGUAAUGUUUACUGCUCAACUAUAAAUGCAGUAUUUACAUCAGAAUUUUCAGUGAGAAAGCUUUUUAGAUUUUAUACAUACAUAAUUUUUCAUUUUAUAGUUUUUAUUACGGAUAUUUUGAUCGGCUUUACAAUUGCGUGUGCAAUACAUAUGUAUAUAUGCCAUUACAAAAUGUGUACUAAGGUAUAUAAAGUAUAUAAGACACUUACAUAAAAGGUAUCAUUCCUUUAUCAUAAUCAAUUAUUAUUACAUAUGAACAGAGAACAUAUGAACAAGAUAUUGUAGAUGUUAACUUCUAUAUUAAAGUCACAUA